CUUACCUCGUAUUUAGAUAAGUUAAUUGUUGUUUUAACAAUAAUAUUUUAAAAAUAAUAUUUUAACAAUAAUUAUAUUCUGGACCAGUUUAAGGCUGUGAUAGUCAAAACUGAGUUUAAAAUGGCAGAGAUUCAUGAUGGAUAUCGCUACAUUAUUCAACGUCGGCGAAAUAAUAAUAUAUUUUUCAUGUGUGCGGCAAGGAUUCCAACACUUAGUACUGGGCGAGGAAUUAAAACGGGAAAUAUUUUUCGCUUAACAAGACAGCAUAACCACGCUCCAAAUCAUUCCUUGGAAGAAGUAGUGGCUUUCUCAAGACACUUACGCAGAGUUUGCACUUCUCAAAUCGCAAACACUUUCGAUAUUUAUGAAAGUUUGAGUCAGAUGUACCCACAAGCUUCUAGAACGAUGACUUGGCGAAGCCCACAAUUAAAUAUGCGCCGAUGGCAGCGUAAUUUCAUGAACACUUUACCAAGGAUCCUUUCACUAACUCAUUUGAAAUUAUGUUUCCAAACAGAAUCGAAUUUGAAAAUUUGACGAAUCAUUCGCGAGGUUCAUUGUAAGUUAAAUUUCGAACCAAUUUUGAGGAACGUAGAACAACUGUAAUUAUGGGUGAUUCAGAGUUGGCUGAGCGCUUCAACCCUAAUUCGACAAUGUUUAUUGCGACUACAAAUGUAAUCCUACCUGCAGGAUUAGAUGCGACAGAUAUGUUAAUAGUUGUACUAAUUCAUAGAAACCAUGCUUUUGGAAUUUCUUGGGCCUUCUUACCGGACAAAUCAGAAACUAGUUUUAACGCUGCAGUUGAGAUCAUAUUUUCCCAAAUUGCUCCUGAGGUUAAUCCUAAUACAAUUUAUUAUGAUUACGAGCAGAGAUUAAAUGAUUCAUUAACAGCCAAUGUCCCAGGAGCAAAUUUGAAAGGAACUUUUCCCGCUUAUGCUGAUAUAGUUAUUGGCCAUGCUACAGAAUUAAAUGUCAAUUUUGCAGACGAGAACAUCCUGAUCAUUUUUAAAAAGUUAUUGGCUAUUUCUCUUCUUCCGGCUGCUAACAUACCAGAAGGAUUCUUGUGGCUUAAAGCAAAUAUUCCUGAAGUUUAUGUGCCUGCUUUUGAAGAAUUAUUUCAGUAUUACCAACAAAGCUGGAUCAAUUCAAUGGGCCCUGAGAAUUUUUCUUUCUACAAUGAUUUCGAUUCAUUCAAUGAUUCAAUGAAAAAUCACAUCCAGAACUUAACCAACUUUUUAGGAAAUAAUAGCAGUAUCUGGAAUUGCCUAAGAGUACUUUUAAAUCAGAGCAUUCGCUCACACAGCGAUUUCCAGUCAUUAAAUAACAAUGGUCGCAUCACAUGCACACCGAGAUGUCGGAGUCUAGUGUCUACACGAAAAUUGCGUCGACUUUGGGAAUUGUUCAGUGCUGAAUGUAUGGAUUACCAUUUGUUUUUUGCCACUGCUUCUGGAAUUUUAACACCAUUUGUUAAUGAUGCUAUUCAUAAUGGCGUUAGAAUUAUUAAUGAUUUCCCAGUAAACACGUUUACGUCAAUGUGACGUCAAAAUGACAUUGGGCUA